GUUAACUUUGUACAACAAAUUUAUUUUGGAAUGAAUCUAAUACCCAAAAUGUCAACACAAGGGCCGAAUGGUCAUUCCACCCAACAAAAUAUUUUACUAAGCUUAUCUAAUUCCUUAUCUCUGUGUCAAAAUCUUCAAACCAUCAACUUCAAGUACAGCUCUAGUUAAAAUAGCCCCUAUAAAUACAACCUUCAAUUAUUCCCAUUUGUGCACUAAAUUUCAAUUCUAAUUAACUUCAACCUUUCGAUUAGAUUACUCCGGCGAGAUGAACGGAAAAGACGCCGAGGUAGUUAACCGCAGAAUGGCCUCCAUCGCCAGACAUUUAAUCGGGCCUCAAGGCCCGGGCCCGAAUAACGCCCUCAUAUCCGGGUUGGGCUGCAGCUCCGGAUUCAACGACACGUACCAUCGGGUCCACGGGGACGUCCCGACCCACGACCCGAUUUGGAAACCCGCUUUGGAUGAGUCGGGCAAGGAAUUUACCGACAUUAUUUACGAGAAAGCCGUCGGGGAAGGCAUCGCUAAGAUAACGAUUAAUAGGCCAGAGAGGAGAAAUGCUUUUCGGCCACAAACGGUGAAAGAGCUAAUGCGCGCGUUUAACGACGCGAGAGAUGAUAACUCUAUUGGGGUUAUUAUUUUCACUGGAAAGGGCACGCAAGCCUUUUGCAGUGGAGGCGAUCAGUCACUCAGAGGCAAAGAAGGCUACGUAGAUUAUGAUAAUUUUGGACGCCUCAAUGUUUUAGAUCUCCAGGUGCAAAUUCGACGCCUACCUAAGCCAGUGAUAGCUAUGGUUGCUGGGUAUGCAGUUGGGGGUGGACAUGUGCUUCACAUGGUUUGUGACUUAACAAUUGCAGCUGAUAAUGCAGUGUUUGGCCAAACAGGGCCUAAGGUUGGAAGCUUUGAUGCUGGUUAUGGAGCUUCCAUAAUGUCUCGUUUGGUUGGGCCGAAGCGCGCACGCGAAAUGUGGUAUAUGACGAGGUUUUACAAUGCUGCGGAAGCAGAGAAAAUGGGACUCGUCAAUACCGUUGUUCCUCUCGAGAAGCUUGAAGAGGAAACAAUCAAAUGGUGUAGAGAGAUUCUGAGGAACAGCCCAAUGGCUAUUCGUCUUUGCAAAUCGGCCAUUAAUGCAGUCGAUGAUGGCCAUGCCGGACUUCAGCAAAUCGGGGGAGAUGCUACGCUUCUUUUUUACGGAACAGAGGAAGGUACGGAGGGGAAGAAUGCGUACUUGCAGCGUAGAAAACCCGAUUUCUCCAGAUUUCCAAAGCUUCCAUGAUUUCAAAUUUAUGUGUGGAGUUCUUAAUAGUUGAUGGAACCAAAAAAUAAAAAAUAAAAUAAAAUGAAUAAAGUUGUUUGUUGAGUGAUGAUUUUAAGUAGCUUAUACUAAUUUCAUCAUUUUAUAUUUCCCUGUUUGUAUCAGAAAGAAACAGAUGCAUAUCAAUAAUCUUGUAAUUUUCUUAUGUUUAUUUCAGUGUUUUCUAUGAAGUGCUUCUGAGAAUUUUGUGACAUUCAUAAAUUAUUAUGAGAGAUAGAUGUUAGUAGAUGAA